AUUGGUCAGGAGAGAGAGAGGGUGGGGUAUACGACAUGACAUCUUAACUGAGGUAGUAUAAAUAGGACAUUGUGCCAGAUUCUCCUGUGGGCAAAGGGAUGACUGAGGCUACUCUCUACAACUUGCAGCUCAUGCGUGUUUAACUCCAACCAAGUAUUGAGGAUAGUAUUCCUGUACCAUGGAGAUCCCUAGUACAACUGUUCAGCCAGCAGUUGGCCUCAGGUCAAUGGCCCAGUCAUCCGGACUUGUGGAGAUUGCUGUCAGGCUGUGCUUGGACCAGCGUAAACAACUGUGUCCUCAUGUCUGGGUUCCCAUCCUGAAACCCCAGCGCCCUUGCAUCCGUCCUCCAGUUUCAGAUCAGCUACCCUCUGACAUCUUGAGUCAAGCUUAUCUGACCCACCCUCUCUCAUCCUUCUUGGAUGACUUGGAUGACCUUGAUGAUGAGGUUUUGAUUCCAAUCAAGAACAAACGUGUGGUUUUCGCUGACUCAAGAGGAUUGUCUCUAAUAGCUGUGAGAGAGUUUUCUGAUGAAGAGGAGCAGUCUGACCUCGACCCACUGCCGUCACUGCAGGGCUUGGGCAGCAUGACAGACGACAGCUACAGCUGCACCGUCAGCACCUGCUGCCCAGGAACACGGCUCAAACUGGGCUUCUCACAGCCGUCUGCAGAUUUCCAGGCCUUCCGUGCCAAGCUGGCAGAGAGCAUGGUUAUCCUGGAGAACUGCAGUGUUACUGAACAGGCCCUCCAAGGCACCGUCCGAGUCAGGAACAUCAGCUUCCAGAAGGAUGUGCGUGUCCGCAUCACCUUUGACUCGUGGCAGAGCUACAAAGACGUGCCCUGUACGUACCUGCAGAAACGCUUUGGAGGACCACAGACAGACAUCUUUGAAUUUGACAUUGCCAUUCCUAAAGUGCUAGAUGCCAAAAGGAAGAUAGAAUUCUGUUUAAGUUAUUUACCAGGAGGGCAGAGCAAACCUUUUUGGGACAAUAACAAUGGACAGAAUUACAGCAUUGCGGUGUGUGUGAGCUCACAUCUCUGUUGCGGGAAGAAUCUGAGUGAAAGGGCAUGAGCUGCUAAACUUACAGAGGAUCCCUGUCUUACUUAAAACACGUGGGUAAAGAUGAGGUGUAUAUAUUUUUUUUAUUACAUUUGCAUUGUUUUCACUCUGAAUUGGUGCUUAUAUUUUCAUAAAAGUUUAGACAUUUCAUUAACUGCUUUGUGUAAAAACUUUAAAACAUAUCACUUCUGCUGCAUUUGGUUUCCUUUCCCAGUUCACAUUCAACAUCAAAUGGGUGACCUUGCUUUUCAGUCCCCACUCUCUUGUCAUGGUCCUACAUGUUGGUCACUUAUCAGCCUAUGUGUUACUGUUGUGCACCAGGGAGGGGAUCCCUUUUCACUCUGGGCAUUUUUGGGAUUCCCAUAUAGGUCAGAGAUUACUGGGGAGGGACAAACAGAAGCAGGAGAGAAGCUAAUCUUAGCUCAGCCCUGUUUAUAGAGCCGAGGCUUGCUGUCAGAGACUGAUUGCAGGGAACUUUGUGAUACCAUCUUCCCCAUUACUUUCCUGUAGUUCUCAAAACACCAAACAUACUAAAUGGCCCUGCUCUGUGUCACAUUGCACCAUAUUUUUCCACAGUAAAAGCCUGUUUGUGCAACAUUUAAAGAAAGUGUGUCAUUAGGAUCACAAUGAAUUCCUGAAUUAUAACUUUACAGUUAACUUUAAGAUGGAUUAAAGGUGCUAUAUGUA